AUGUUACUAUUUUGGCAUGUAGCUUCCUCAUUGCCGUCGCCGCCGUUCGUCUUAAGCUUUUCAGCCUCCGUUGGUCACCCCCACCGUCUACACCCUUUCCAACCACAAUUCCUCUCCAUCAACUCCUUCCAGUACACCUACAACGAGCUUCCCCUGUCUUCCUCUAGCUAUGCCACCAUUUCCGGUAUCUUAGAAGUGAAAAGCUUUGCGUCAAUCUCAGUUAUCAUCAUCAGUGUUCUUCACUACCCAUUUCAAUUGUUUUCAACAACAAACAAGCUAAAGCUCUCAAGAUUUAAGGUAUCACUAUCUUUUGAUGCUUCACUAAGUUCAAUGGCUCCAGAUAGAGAUGCUCCACCUGAAAACCCACCUGAAAACUCACAAGAAAACUCACAAGAAAGAGUUGCUUCGGAUACAAAUGCUCCACCUGAUACUGAAGCAAAAGAGGUUGCACGAGGCAUCACUAUUAUGAAGGGAAUCAUUCGACAUAGAGACCAAGGAUUAGUAUACCGAUUGGAAUGGAAUUCUGAUAAACAACCAAUUGGUCCUAAUUCUGCAAAGUUGACAAGUUAUAUUGGUACACUUGUCCGUAUGCAUAUUCCGGUCUCCGUAGCUACCUGGAAAUCGAAAACGAAAAAUUUAGAAUUGGAGGAGAAAAAACAAGCGAUUUGGGAAGAGCUUCAGAGGACUUUUGAGAUACCAGAUGAACCUAAAAGCUACAUACUUAGUUUGGCCGGCAAAAGAUAUAGAGGGUGGAAAAGUUUUUUGACAAACACCUAUCUUAAGGAUAAAGAUGGAAAAUUUCUUGAAGAGGAACCGGGACGGCCAACAAAGUAUGCGACCUUCAUUGAUGAAGCAGAUUGGGCUGAGUUUGUAAAGCAAAGAGAUGAAGCUUUUCAGAAAAAGAGUGCCACGAAUAGUGAGAGAGCAUCCAAACCCGCGUAUCCAUACAAAAAAGGGCGUUUGGGAUAUGCACGCUUAGAGGAUAAAAUUUUAGAGGAGACUAAAAGUGAGGAAGCUUCACUUCCUGUACAUGUGUUGUGGAAGGAAGCUCGUGUGGGCAAGAAUCAAGCUGUCGAUCCCGAUGUUCAGAGAGUUUAUACUGAAUGUGAGACCUUGUCGCAAUCGGCAUCCACCGGUGAGGAGAGCGUACUUAGUAGAGUACUAGAUGCUCCCGAGUAUCCCGGUCGGGUGAGGGGUAAGGGUCAUGGUGUGACUCCAACCUCUUUUUAUAAGAGUUCUAGGAGAAUAUCAAAUCUUACCAAUGAAGAAGUGUUGCAAAAGUUGCAGGAAUUGCAAGCACAGGUCUCUGAAUUGCAAAGAGAUAAAGAUAUGUAUAUGAGAGAAAAUUGCAACACUUCAUCGGUGAGAGAAACUAGUGAUAAGGCUAGUAUCAACUAUCAAAAGAAAUUUCCUGAGGGCAUUUCAUCUUGCCAACUAUACUUAUCGUCACCGAAUUAUCGACUAGUUGGCAAGGGAAAAGUGCACAACACUUCGGGAGAUUUACUUCACCACAGACCGCUCCCGGAUGGACACCUGAAAGUAUCGGUGGAUGUUGUAUUAGAUCGUGAUGCGAUUCUACCGGUACCUGACAUGGUCUCAGAGACGACAUUGCUGCGAGAUGCAAUAGGAUCAUUUGUUGCAUGGCCCUCGGAGCUCAUUACCAUUAGUGAUGAGACUGCUCCUAUAAAACCCGCAAUUAAGGGUAAAGGGAUUUUACAGGAGGAGGAGUCUGUUGCAUCACUAAAAGAGGCAUCCGCUCGGGAGUCACAACAAGUGACGCAGCAGGUUCGUAGCGUACCACCCACUGGUCCUCCGAAGCAAGCGGCAAAAAAAGGCGGUGCUUUUGUGCCUCGAUACCGUUCGACACUCGCAACAAUGGUUGAUAUGUCCGAUUUGAAGGAUGGUGGUUUACGUGAAAUCAACAUGGAUGAAAGUGUCUUCGGUAUUGAAUUCCCGUCACAUAUUACAAUUGAUGACUUGGAAGAGAUUUUUAGGCAUGAUCAACUAGGCGUCAGUAAUAUGCACUCAUACAUCCGGUUGUUGUAUGACAGAGUGUUGCGCGGGACUGCAUUGUCUAACAGAUUCCGUUUCGUGUCUUCCGCCCAUUGCAGCGGAAUGACAAUUGCUUCGGAACCGGAAUCAGUUAGACAACGCUUAGUAGAUAGAUUCAUGUCCACCGGCAAUACAGAAAGUCUGCAUCUUUGGGCGUAUAAUACCCGACCAGUAGGAGCACACUGGUUGCUGCUUGCUAUCAACCCGAUAAGAGAAGUCGUGUAUUAUCUGAAUUUGGUAAAUGGUGAAUGGACCAAUUAUCCGGCUAUGAAGGAAAUCGUUGAUUUAUCAAUACAAGUGUUCCGUAGUCAACGGGACGCACAGGUAUCCCGGACUAAAUCAAACAACAUCACUUGGAUCCAAGUGCAGUGUCCGCAACAGCGAAACAGUCAUGAUUGCGGAUACUUUGUUUUGAGGUUCAUGAAAGAAAUCCUUCAGGCGAAUCAAUUAGAGAUUCCGCUCACGUACCUUGACGAAUUCCGUGUUGCUGGGUACCCGAAGCUUAAGUUGGAAGAAAUUAAAGAAGAUUUGUGUCAAUAUUAUAUUAAGCAAUUUUUCAUACAUGUGCCAUAUCUGUUGAGAAGAAAACUUGAUGAUAAGUCAAGUCAAAUGAUUCUAGUUGGAUAUCAUUCGACAGGAGGCUACAAGUUGUUCGAUCCAGUGAAAAAGAAGAUUGUGAUCAACAGGGACGUGAUCAUAGAUGAGUUUAAAAAAUGGGAUUAUACUGAAAAUAUCAAGAAAGAUUUAAUGGGAAUCAUUCUUGAGUAG